AUGGUUGGCGAUCCUCAACUGUUUAACCGGUUACUGGAGAACUCCCCCUAUGGAACCCGCACCAUAGGGGCGGUUCUCCCGUACCUAGACGGAUGGCUUGACCGAACGCACGGCAGGCUGGGGUAUAGACUGGUGCAGGUGUUGACCGGACACGGGUGCUUCGGUCACUACUUGCACAGGAUAGGUCGUGAGCCUACCACAGCCUGCCACCAGUGUGGUGAGACGGACGACAUGGCCCAGCACACUUUGGAGGUGUGCAAGCGCUGGGCCGUGGAGCGUAGGGCGAUGGAGAUAGUUAUUGGGACGAAUGAUCUCUCGCUGCACAACGUAGUGGCGGCCAUGUUGAGCGGCGAGAGAUGUUGGGACGCGGUGGUCUCCUUUUGCGACACAGUCAUUUUGAAAAAGGAGACCGAGGAGAUGGAACGUGAGGAAGCCCCGAACGCUCAUCCGAUCCGAAGAAGGCGCAUGGGAAGGAGGCGCAGGCGGUUUGCCGCUGUACACCGCUCCAUACCCCAGUAG